AUGACUUAUUCUCCCACAAUGGCUGUCCCAAGCAGCACUAUUAUUGCUAACAAAGUUAAAAAUGAAGAAUUCAAAAUAUGGAAAAAGACAGUCCCAUCAUUAUACCAGCAUAUAUCCAAUUUGAAACCAGAAUUCGCAGCACAAGAACCCCACUCGAUAAGGACAAUCUCUUUUAUUGAUGAAUUGGUUCCAAACGUAGAAAGAGGUAUCUUGACAGUCACUUUAUUAUAUACUCAAAGUGAUAAGAUUUUCAAAGUUCGUUCUUCUUUACCUUUAGGUGCGUAUGUUUCUGAUUUACAACAAGUUUCUCAACCAAUUUGUGACCCAAAUUAUUAUGGAAUCGAUAAUGAACCAUUAUUUCAAUAUGAUUGGAUUUUUAAAGGGGAGGAUAUAAUUAAGUUGGUCACAUUGGAUUCUGAGUCCUUUGUUGCAUUAACUGCGAAUGGUUCGCUAGGCUGGUUUACAACUUUUGGUAUGGAACCUACUAAAAUUAUAACUGAUGAGACUUGUACGAGAGGGAACGGUUAUGAUUUUACAGUUUCGAGAGAUAAGAAACAGAUCAUCAAGACAUCUGGAGCGGGAGAUGUUUUAAAAAUGUAUGACAUAGUUUCAGGAGAACUGCUAAAAGAAUGGAAGGAGGAAGGUAGUAGUACUCAGCACUCAAAGAUCAACAAUGUUCAAUUUGUAGGUACAGAUUUUGUUGGCGCCUGUUAUGAUGAUUGUGUUAAAUUUUGGCAUCUAAAAUCAGAAGAUAAGAAACCAAAGCUUAUUUUAAAAGAACCAAGCGAUAUUGAUCAAGGAAACUAUAGCGAAUUCGCAAUGUCCCCAUUGAUUGAUACAUUAUUCAUAACGGGGACCAAUUCUGGUGUGAUUAAAGUAUGGGACCUUCGUACACUUUUUGGAACUACAUGGCAAGACGAAAAUAAAACCUCUUGCAACCCAAUUGCCGAGUUUAUCCACUUUGAUGGAGAGGCAGUUAUCGACCUAAAAUUUUCUCCUACGGAUGCUACAAAUUUCUUAACAGUUGGGAGUAGUGGGCAAGUUUAUCAUUGGAGUUUAGAAGGUAUAUAUUCAAUGUUUGACAGUGGUGCUAAUAAUAUUGAUUCUGAUGAAAAUAAGGAUGACGAAGAACAUAGCACAGAUGGAACCCCUAAAGUGUUUGAUGAAGACUUACAGAACGAAUGUCUUCUCUUUCUUCACACUGGUGGAUUCAAUGCUGCAGAAUCUACGACAACUUGUAGGAAGAACAUGGUUGUAUAUCAAGAAUCCAUACCUGAUCUUAUUGCAGCACUUGAUAGAGGUGGGUUAUUAACGGUAUAUAAACCCUUUACUGGGAAAAUAUGA